AUGCAUAGGAAGACACACAAGAACAACAAGAAAAUCGUUAAGGCCUUGAAGGGCGCUGGGUACAGAGAGCCAUUCCGUAUGGUAGCCGAGGAGCAGUUCAUCACAGCAAUGAACAAAUCAAUGCUCAGGCUGAAGCAUAUCACAGACAUAUUUAAAAGCCAGCCGAGGCUUGGCGUGACAAAGUGCACAUACAAAGCAUACCAAAAGCUACGAAAGACACAGAAAAGCGACUUCUGCAGAUAUCUUGAAGUGCUUGACUGCGGCCAUGAACACACAGAAUGCUCAUUUGACUGCAUAGAAGAACUAAUACGGAAUGCAAGCAAGAAAAAGUGGUACAUUCUGGCAAGCAACUCGUAUCAGAUAACCGAGGGAAUCGCAAAAAAGAAAAAACUGCCAGUGAUUACAUGUGUAAAGGGUAGCCUGGAAGUAAAGGCCGAUUUCAAGAUUGUUCCUGUUGACACUGGAAUGAACUCAGGCGCCAGCACAGACGAAAUCGCACGCCUUGGCAUGGUUCUGCAUGAUAGCCGAAGCUAA